AUGUUGGGGCUAACGGCAUUUUUUGUAGAAGGGGUAAUAAUUUAUGCUUUAACGCACCAACGGGUUGUGUUGAUGUUUUGCCUUGUCCAAGUGGCGUGUGUUUGCCUUCUUCAUCCAUUGGGUUAUGGUCCAGGUCGGAUGGAGCUCCAGGUCGUGGUGGAGAUCGUCGUUCCUAUCGGUGUAGCUGGUGGAUAUGGGAAGGGGCACAAUGUGCAAAGACAACGCUGGCGUAGGUGUAUGGUGGGAUACAGGGCUUGUACAGGGCCACUUUGUGUCUAA